AUGAAUAACGGUUACGCAGAUAUGCGUCACCGUGGAAGGCAGCCCCUGAUGGACAGCUCUUCGGUGUUGAUGUCUGGGCACUUGGCGCCGGGCUACACUACUGUCGGCCAUGGUCAGAGUCAGACCUCAUUUUCCUUGGACUUCCGGGGUUCGGCAAUGGACAACUGCAGCCGUGGCAACAGGGGUGUCCAGCGGUCUGGUCAUGCUUCUGCCCAAGAUGAUGCGUGCAGGCUGGUACUUGGACUGGGUCCGUCGCCGGAAUCUAGCUCUGUGAAUUACCAGCAGCCUGACGGAGGAGCAGGCAAGUCGAAAGCACCGGUGACUCUGCUUGGCCGGAGUUUAUCGUUCACUAAUCCUGGGACGAUGACCCUUGGGCUUCAUGAUCAGGUGGGUAAUGCUGAAGCUAUCGCUCGGCAUUUUGAACCGCCUGGAGGAAACAUCAUCUCCUUCUUCGGUGUCGACGAGAGCUCGACGUCGGCCAGGAGGAGCUCCGGUGGCUACAUUCCGUCGCUGCUCUUCGCGUCUCGGCCGAAUCUUUGUGUUCCUCAAGAGAAUCGGGCAGAGGGGCAUGAUGAACUGCUGGAUGAUCACACGGACAACGGCAAUGAUAGUGCCGAGCAUCGCCUUCAAUUCAGCUCUGAACCUUCUGCAACGACAAUGACAGAGACUUCGUUCGGUAUGAGCUCUGAUGUUGUCACCGGUGUAACUGAUCGUGGACAGCCGGUUCAUCGCCGGUUUCCGAAGAAGUGCAGGUUCAAAGGGUGCUCUAAAGGUGCGAGAGGUGCAUCAGGCCUGUGCAUUGCCCAUGGCGGCGGGCAGAGGUGCCAGAAGCCCGGGUGCUACAAGGGUGCCGAGAGCCGAACAGCCUACUGCAAGGCCCAUGGAGGCGGCCGGCGGUGUAUGCAGCUCGGCUGCACUAAGAGCGCCGAGGGAAAGACGGAUCACUGCAUUGCCCACGGCGGAGGUCGCCGAUGCGGACACAACAGCUGCCCUAAAGCCGCGCGUGGCAAGUCCGGGCGAUGCAUCAAGCACGGAGGAGGGAAGCGGUGCGCGGUUGAGGACUGCAUCCGGAGCGCCGAGGGGAAGGUCGGGUUCUGCAUCUCCCACGGCGGCGGCCGCCGUUGCCAGUACCCGGACUGCCGCAAGGGGGCGCAGGGCAGCACGCUGUACUGCAAGUCCCACGGCGGCGGCAAAAGGUGCGUCUUCGAGGGCUGCGCCAAGGGCGCGGAAGGCAGCACGCCGCUGUGCAAGGCGCACGGCGGCGGGAAGCGCUGCAUGCACGAAGGCGGCGGCGUGUGCCCCAAGAGCGUCCACGGGGGCACCAGUUACUGCGUGGCGCACGGCGGUGGGAAGCGCUGCGCAGUGCCCGGGUGCGGCAAGAGCGCCCGCGGGCGCACAGAGUUCUGCGUGAAGCACGGCGGCGGCAAACGGUGCAAGGUCGACAUCUGCGGCAAGAGCGCGCAGGGGAGUACGGAGUUCUGCAAGGCCCACGGUGGCGGCAAGCGGUGCACCUUCGGCACGGGCUGCGACAAGUUCGCCCGCGGGCGGAGCGGCCUCUGCGCCGCCCACGCGACGCUGGUGGCCUCGCAGUCCCAGUCCCAGGCACAGCAACGAGGACGCGGCGGCGGGAGCAUGAUCGGGCCGGGCCUCUUCCGAGGCAUCGUGUCCUCGUCAGCCGCGGCCGCAGCCGCCAGCGCCAUGAACUACGAGUACUCGUCGGGCGUGAGCGCGGUGUCGGAGUGCGACGGCUCGCCGGUGCCUACGCCGGGGAGGCAGGAGCUGAUUCCUCCUCAGGUGCUGGUUCCCCUCUCUAUGAUGUCCCCGUCGCCAUCCGCGGAUAGGCGCAGGGAGAGUGGAGAGUUGUGUGUUCCAGAGGGGAGGGUGCACGGUGGUGGACUCCUGUCAUUGCUCGGCGGGAGCUUCAGGAACGUCAUUGACGUCGACAAACUCUCAAGCCGCUAG